CAAAUGGCUAUCGAUCGAGCGGAUAGGGCACGUGCGGAGAGGGAUCGUGCGGUAAGGGAGCGUGCGGAUAGGGAACGGGCGGCGAGGGAGAGGAUGCAGGAGAUGAUGGAAGAGAGGUUGGAAGAGAGGAGAGAUCCGAGGGACAAGGAAAAGGGUGGUGAUAGAUCGGACUUUGAAUGGGACUGGCUUUGAUUGCUGGGUGGAAGGGUAGUAGUAUCGCUCAUACAGCAUCUCAGAAGGGGAUGUGAUAUCACACUGGUAAUUCGAAUAGGCCGAGUACGUCUGGCUGCUCGUAAUACAUGGAUAAGCC